AUGCCAUCACCUGUUGCCCCUAUCCUAGGAGUUCUCGGUGGAUGCAUGGGAUGUAUGGUCUUCGUCGAAAAAAUAGCCAAGGCUGAGCCAACAUCCAUGAAUCUCAUGACAUUCUCCACAUUUUUGUUUAUAGCCACUCAAGGAUUGUUCUUUACCUCAAAGUUUUUUUCCGUUCCUAAUAAAAUUCCUCUCAGAGGGUAUAUACCCACUGUUAUCACAUUCUUCACGGUUAAUGUGAUCAACAAUCAAGCGUUAAAUUUUCAUGUUCCUGUUCCUUUACACAUCAUCUUUCGUUCAGGUUCACUCCUUGCUAAUCUACUACUGUCUGUGAUUCUCCUCAAGAAAAAGUACUCAUUAAGAAAGUAUCUCUCAGUCUUUGCUAUUACCAUAGGAAUAGUCAUAUGUACCUUAGCAACAAGCGAUCUCGAAAAGCACUCAGGGCUUAACUACGAAGAAGCGGUGAAGCACUAUCGGGAAUGGAUGAUUGGAAUUGGGAUGCUCAUUUUUGCUUUACUGGCAUCAGCAUAUUUGGCUAUCUGCCAGCAACGUAUGUACGAGACUUACGGAAAGCAUCCGGAGGAAGCA